AUGGAUCCCGAAGACUUGCCAGCUUUUCUAGACAAGAUUUACACUACAGAAGAGUCUCGAGUGGAUCUGCUGCGAUUGGGUCGCCCGCAGGGUGUUGUCGAUGAUACAACUUUGGAUGACGAUGGGAUCCGAAUCGAGUUGCCCAAGGUGCACGAAUCAGUCGUCAAGUCAGUUUCUACGCUACCAGCAGCUACCUCAGCAGAAGGAUCCUUUAUCCUCCUCGACAAGCCGGUCGCAUUGAUUCUAUUGCUUCGGAUACCGAGAAACAGCCAAUCCAUUAGUAUCGCCAUGCGGAUUCGCUUGGCUGACUUAGCCACCGUUGUUUUCCUGACCAGCAUGACAGAGGAGACAGGGCAAAACAUUCGAAGAAAAUGCAUAGAGCGUCGUCAUCUUCUCGCAAAGCACCCACUGUACUUCCUGAUCCUGAUAUACGAAGAUCGAUGCUUCGAGUACAAAGUUUGGUUCGACGACAUCCUUGAGGAGAUCAACGUUGUAGAGUCGGCGACAGGUAUGACACGAAAUACUUGGAAAAUGAAGCUUUCACCGCGGCUGUGGGAGUGGUUCUCCGACUACGACAAUCUCCUGCGCAUGUUGUACGCGAGCAAUACCGAGCUAAGUCACUUCGACACUGUGACAACGUUUUCAGUCAAGCUCGGCGAUUUUCUUCUCAAUGCACUGAAGCUGAUGGAAGAAUUGCGUGAAGAGGUCGACUUGGCGCCGCUGUCGAAAAGAGAUUUCAGGUGCCUGCAGGAGAGGAUCUCAUUCACACGAUCGCGGUGUGACUUGACUGCCGACAAAACGAAGGAAAUGCUAGAGAGAGUGCAGGGUCAAAUCAACGUGGCUUUCAACCUUGUCGCUCAAAGGGACAGUAAGGUAAAUCUCGCUGUUGCCGAGGACUCUUACCACGUCGCGACGCUUGCUGCACGGGAUAGCGAGACAAUGAAAACCAUCACGGUGUUAACUCUGCUUUUCCUUCCAUCUACUUUAGUCACGUCGAUUUGGUCUGCAGACCUGUUCCAACUUGAGAAAUCUCAAAAUUGGAAGGUGUACAUCGGUGUGAACCUCGCACUUACAGCUGCUGUCUUUGCCGCUUGGUUCCUGUACCUCCGAUUUUCAAGCCUGAGAAGGGAGGAAAAGCCCCUCCAUAUCGCUGGGGUUGGGGAAACAAACUGGCACGAUAAAUAG